AGAUCCAAAACAAAUAAAUAUAUUUUGACCAUCCAAAAAAUCUCCAGUAAAAUCAAUUGAUUAUUCAAGGCUUGUUCAUGACAUCAAGGCUAUAAUUUUAUUAAUUUGUAUAAUUUUGACCAAGCACUGGCUUUAUGAUCUAUUCAGCCCAGUUCUGCUGAAAACACCGGAAGUUCGGUGUCUGUUCAAUAUUAAUAUUUUGCUUGGGAUUUACCGUUUUUGUAAGCCUACUGGCUACUUGCGCUUUAGUGGAAACUUUUUCUGCUUUUUUGGGGGGGAUGCUAAAAAUCGAACGCACUGAAAAAGACAAUGUGACAAUUUCAAUGGAUGUGUUUCUUCCAGUUUUUUUGCUAUAUCUGAUGCAAUUUAGGUCUUUUGUGCGAUAAAAAGACGCCCUGUUAGUUGCCAGGUGUUGCCAGAUUGAGAGUGUUUGUCGAAACUUUGGUGGCUUUUGUAUACAAUUGAGUAAAUCUGGGUUCGAUAGUAACCGUUUUGAGAGAGAGAGAUUUGUGUUUUUCUGCUUUUCUACAUCCUAGUGAUCCCAAUCUUACUUGUGCAGUUGUUUAAAGACAGAUUUUGGUCGACUGUGUGAUCCAGCAACUCCUAGAUCUAGAGAUCUAGGUCUGUAGAUUAAAUCUCUAUUGUUCGAAUGGAGAGUUUUCAUGCAAACUGAAUGAUCUGUGUGGAGUAUGGAAGUUCUUGCACUGGCACAGGUGAAGGAUCUGCACUUGUUUAGACCUAGAGAUAUCUAGAUUCUAGGUUCUAGUUAGAUCUGGUCUUGCAGAAUUUUAGCUCAAUUGCUAUGGAACGAAAUGGUGAAGGACAAGGAAGGGGAGAGACGGAAGUUGUCAAACAUGAACAAGACUUUGUCUCUGACAGUAUAGGACUACAGAUUUCGACAGAGAUGGAUCCAUCUGUCGUGAGAACAGAGCAGAAUGUUUUCUCAACAGGUGGGGAGGGUUUUGUGGAUGGUGGAGGUGGGGAGGGGUUUGUGGAUGGUGCAAGCGGAGCAGAGGCUGCACCCUCCCAUGAGCAGAGAUGGCGUUCCGGUGAUGUUGAGAGUUUGUCCAAUGGUUUAGACUCUGAGAGAACUUUUGGAAACUUUAAAGAAACAGCUGCUGUCAACGGAGUGGAAAAACGUUUGGUCAUUAUUGAUGAAAAACCCUCUGUCAUUGCCGAGGAAAAACUUUCCCACACCAUUUCUGAAAAACAUUCUUUCCCUGAUGCUGAAAAGCCUGUUAUUCAAAAUGAAAAAUCUUCUGACAGAGUUUUUGCUGCUUCCGCAUUUGAAGAUACCAGUAGCAGCUGUGGAGACCAUGUGCAUCCUGUCUCGUCAUCUCACUCUGCUGUCAUUGAUGUUCCGACUGUGGGCAAAAUUGAAAACAUGGACGAUGGAAAUAAAGAUGGUGCAGCGGAUGUGGACCCUGAGAUAACUGUACCCUCCAGCACGGGGGGGAGGGAGAAGAAACGGCGGGGGGGAGGGGCGGGCAGGGGGCGUGGGAGGGGAGACAAGUGGCCGGGAGGAAAAGCUCAAGGAGGCAGCAGCCAAGACCCGGAGAAAACGUUCUGA